AUGAAGCUAUCGAAUCCUCUACUUAUAAUCAGCAUUAUAGCUUGCGUACUCGCAACUUACAUCUCGGCAUCUCCAACUGUAUUAUUCAAAUGCGUUGCGCGCGGCCUAUCAGAAUGGGGCAUUGGACACUACGGCGGCACCGUUAGUGAAAUAUCGAAACAGGAGGCAUUGGAACUAGAAAAAUCAAUUGUACUUUUGCCAGCCGCGUCCAGAACAAUCACUAAUAUUUCUUCCGCGUCUACAAUUACAACUGAGAUACCUGAAUCAUCUUCCAACGAAGGGUCUCCUACUACCUGGAGUAGUACGUACACUACGACUACUACUGUUACCGUUACUAUAACCGUUAUUCCUACCGCCACAAAUUUUGCCAAGCGGGGGGAGAUCCUGAGUUUGGAUAGUGGAGUGUCUCUAUUGGAGGGCGAUGCUGUUGCAGAGCUAAAUCGGUCCUUUAGGAUGCAUGCACUUGCCCUUGGAGACCCUUGCACUCUAGUUGCGGGGGAGGAGAGGAUUGAUUCUAAGAUCUGUGUCGGGGGUGCGGUCGCUAUCUGUGGGGAGAAAAGUUUGAUUUGGGAAACUUAUACGGAUUGUAGAGGUUCUGGAUUGGUCUGCGGCGCUAUGGAGGCGCAGGGCGGUGUUAAUGGUGAUUCUAAGGCGGAUAUCCAGUGUUUUGAAGUGUAG